UUGUCGUCGUUUCCGUAAACAAAAGCUGUUUCUUUCACGAGAACCACAUCAGGAGUUUGAGACUGGAGUGGAUGCGGAGUUCUCCGGAUCGUCUGUACAACCGUUUGCGAUUUGUUUUCCCGAGUUCGAACGGCACUGCGUAAAGAGAGAUGGAUUCAACGUGUGACAUUAUGUGGAACUACACGCUUGAUCCGACCGGUGCAAUGAUAGACCUCUACACAGCAUUUGACACGGUCGCUAUCGCCGUCCUGAUGCCGCUCCUGAUGUUCUUCGGAAUCAUCGGCAACCUUGCUUUCCUACUGAUGCUGUACCGUGUGCCGAAAAUGCGCUCCUUGACCAACUUCUACCUGGCCAACCUCGCCGUGUCCGACAUCGCCUUUCUGGUGUUCGCCAUCGGCACGAAGAUCUACAACUUUUGCAUCAGCUCGGUCAACUUCUCGCCGACCUACAAUGGCGUCUUCGAAUGCCUCCUGCAUCAAUUGGUCGUGGAUGUCUCCUACUUCGCUUCGCUGUUUGUCAUCAGUCUAGUCUCGCUAGAGAAGUACUACGCCAUCUGUAAACCAAUGCGGCAUCGGGUAAUCAGCAGCUGGGACCGCACAGUCAAGCUCAUUGCAUGUUCCUGGGUCGUCUCGGUGCUCAUUGCCAUCAGUGUUAUCCCUAGCUACAGUGUCAUCGAAUACUUGUGUUUCGUCUGGCCUGAAGAGGAGCAGUACGCCGACCUCGCCAACCAGUACGCAUGGUGCGUGGCGGCGGAAGAGUGGGCCGUCACUUACUCCAACGCCCUCCAGACCGUACCGUUCUUCAUCGCCUUCAUCUUGAACACCACCGUCUACACGUUGAUUGUCCGUCGACUGAGCCAGCGCGCAGAUCAGCCCAUCGGUCAGCGAGAAGCGGUGCCCGUACCUGAUCGAGCCAUCCAUACUCGCAACCAGGUAGCCAAGAUGCUGGUCAUCAACGGCACCGUUUUCUUUCUACUUCUGGCUCCCUUUGAGUUCGUCUCCAUUCUGCUUUCGGCUGACGCCCUGGAGUACGAGCAGGAACUAGUGGCCCUUCAGAUAUGCCGGCUGCUGUCCUAUCUCAACUCGGCCAUCAACCCCUUUCUGUUCGGUAUGGUGAACUCCAAGUACCGGGCCGCCUAUAAACAGGCCUUCCUGCCAGCGCGUGGUAAUCGUGUGAGGCCGGCGCCGGUCCCUAGUCUACCCACAGAACAACAGCAGACAAGCCAACCUAAUGUUUCUGCCUGUAACAACCAACACGGAGACCAGUCGACCUCUCAGUCAUCAAAAUAG